AUGACGAGUCGCGGACGCGCGCGCGCGAGCGAUCGUCGCGCGCGGGGCGCGGUGGUGGCUUCGGGGAAGAUUGAUUUCACGGACGCUGGGUGUUUCGAGCUGCCGUACGCGCCGGUGGCGGAGGCGUUGCUUCCGGAGGGGCCGUGGAAGGUUGUCGAAGGCGGCGUGUGCGCGGCGAAGGGAUUUAAAGUCGCGGGAUAUAAGGCGGGAUUGCGCGCCAAGGGCACGCGCGCCGACUGCGCGCUCAUCGUCGCGGACGAAGACGCGACGUGCGCGGGGAUUUUUACGACAAACAUCAUGUGCGCCGCGCCGGUGACGUACUGUAAGAAACAGUUGGCGGGGAAACCGACGGCGCGAGCGCUGUUGAUCAACGCUGCACAAGCGAACGCCGCAACAGGUGAUCAGGGCGCUGCGGACGCGCAAGCGACCGCGGAGGAGUUGUCGAAAUCCCUCGGCGUCGCCGAGGAGGACAUUUUACUCAUGUCCACGGGCGUCAUUGGCAAGCGAAUUAAGCUGGACAAACUCAUGCCAGCGAUUCCGAUUUUGUCCGCGAACGUGGAAAGUAGUACUGCGGCGGCAAACGCGGCGGCGACCGCGAUAUGCACCACCGAUCUCGUGCGAAAGACGGUCGCGAUUGAAGUGCAAAUUGGCGGUAAAACCGUUUGCAUGGGCGGCAUGGCCAAGGGGAGCGGGAUGAUUCAUCCAAAUAUGGCGACCAUGCUCGGCGUAGUGACGUGCGAUGCGGACGUGACGCCCGAAGUUUGGCGUAACAUCACCUCCCGCGCCGGGGCGGCGUCUUUCAAUCAAAUCUCCGUCGAUGGCGAUACGAGCACGAACGAUUCUUUGGUGUGUUUCGCCAGUGGCAAAGCCGGCAACGCCAAAAUCACGAGCGUCGAUUCUGCCGAAGGCAAGCUUCUCGAACAAGCACUCACCGCGGUCUGCCGCGGUCUCGCCAAAGCCAUCGCUUGGGACGGUGAAGGUGCGACGUGUUUGAUCGAGUGCAACGUCUCUGGAGCCGCAGACGACGAAGACGCGCGCGUCAUUGCGCGUUCCGUCGUCUGUUCCUCGCUCGCUAAGGCAGCCAUCUUCGGACACGAUCCAAACUGGGGGCGAUUGGCUUGCGCUGCGGGGUACGCCGCGCCGGUGAAGAACAGAUUCGAUCAAAAUGAUCUCAAGCUCUCACUCGGCCCGCACCAGCUCAUGGAUAAAGGUCAACCGCUCGAUUUCGACGCCGUCGCCGCCAGCCGAUACCUCAAGGAAGUCACCGGCGUUCACGGCACGUGCGUCGUCGACAUCUCCGUCGGCAACGGAUCUGGCCGAGGCCAAGCCUGGGGCUGCGACUUAUCGUACGAUUACGUCAAAAUCAACGCCGAAUACACGACGUAG